GGGCCGAAGGACACUAUGACUUUUGGAUUUGGGGCACCCCACUUGAGGAAGUGUGAAAAGGAAGGGGUGAUGGCAGGGGGGAGGGUUCUCGCUGUCGGUCUCACAUGUGCCUGCCUGCUGACCUUCCUGUGGGACGGGUGCAAUAGCCUGGGCGACCACGAUCCCCAGUGCACAACGCACAGUGAGCACGGUCACGCACAGCGGCCUGAUCCGACCAUCACCGCCAUGGACAGGUACAAGGCCGUGUUUGAACAGAAAUACUACCUGCACAAGCUCUUCAACCAGUAUGGAGAAAAUGGCACCCUGACCGUGGAGGGAUUGGAGAAGCUGCUGUGUAACAUUGGGGUGGGGGGAGUCCGGACCAUGGUGACCAAAGGCGAGCACUUUGACCACGUCACCAAGAAACGCACGGUAUUAGCAGAAGGGACCAUUCGUCGCCACUGCUGUCCCGGCUGCCGGCAGAUCCAGCUGAGAAUCGGCCUGCAGACCACCCCAAGAGAGGCUGGGCGUUUUCCAAAGCACGUCAACGUAUCCGGGACGGAUGCCCAGAGCGGCUCCGGCGCACACGCCCACUCAGUCCCGCCCGGCGACAGAUCGGGAAGGAAGCAGCGCGCACGGCCGGCCCGCAGCCCUCCGACCGCCAGCUCCCCUCCCACCGGGCCAUCUGCGGUGCUCGAGCUCAGGGGGCAGCUCGGCACAACGGCCGGGUACAUCACCAACACAGGGGGACAACUGCCGCCUGAUUCUACCCACAAUACUGUAGGAGAGCUACGCAGAAAAAACAAUCAGCUUGUGGACCAUGGAGAUAAAGACCCGAGCAAAGAAGAGUGCCUGAAUGCAGACAAGAUACUCUCAUCCCAUGGAAUGCACCCACAUGCGACUCUGAGUGCUGAGCAGUUCAGCUACCUUUGCCCAGCGCUUCUGGAUCAGAUCGAAAGCAAGGCAUGCAUUGCACAUGAACCCGGAGAGAAAUAUUCUGCUUACUCCGUUGGGGCAGCAUGGAUUGGCGGUUUCAUAUCUGUCACAAUCAUCAGUCUGCUAUCUCUAUUGGGCAUCAUCUUUAUGCCUUUAAUGAAUAAGGCAUUCUUCAAGUUUCUCUUGACAUUUUUGGUUGCUUUGGCUGUCGGGACAUUGAGCGGGGAUGCGUUUUUACAUCUCUUGCCACAUUCUCAAGGCUUUCAUCACCACAGCAGUGAGCAGCAUGAACGUCCUGAAGAAGGCAACGACCACUUGAAUUAUGUGUGGAAGGGGCUCACUGCCCUUGGGGGCCUGUACUUUAUGUUUCUUAUCGAACAUCUGAUAACGUUAAUUAAAUUGUACAAAGGGAAAAGGAAGCAGAAGAAAUCUAACCAGGAUGAACAAGACGUGGAUCUUGACAGAAAUGCAGAACCCCUUGAGUCACAACAAUUAUCCAAGGAUGAAAACGCAUAUGUAAAAAAUGUUGCAGAACCUGUACCACCCAUAGACCCCGAAGACUAUGUAGUUGAAUCCAAGGAUCAGUCAAAUCUUCCCUCCCUGGAUUACAGUCAAAAUUCACUGACUCCAGAACAAGAAGUUAUGAUUGCCCCUCCAAACCCAGAAGGAAAUUACAGCCCGUAUGUGCCGAGAGGGUGCGAAAACAAGUGCCACUCUCACUUCCAUGACACCAUAGGAAACGCUGAUGACUCCCACCACCACCACCACCGUUACCAUCACAUUCUGCACCACCACCACCACCAGGACCACCACCCCCAUAAUCAUGGCCACUACUAUUUCCAGGAGGACCUGAAGGAUGCAGGAAUAGCAACUCUGGCGUGGAUGGUGAUAAUGGGUGACGGGCUUCACAACUUCAGCGACGGUUUAGCCAUUGGAGCUGCUUUUACUGGAGGCUUGUCUAGUGGAUUGAGUACAUCUGUUGCGGUUUUCUGUCAUGAACUACCACACGAGCUGGGUGAUUUUGCUGUGCUGUUGAAGGCUGGAAUGACCAUCAAGCAAGCUAUUCUGUAUAAUAUGUUAUCUGCUUUGUUGGGAUACCUGGGCAUGAUAACAGGCACAGCCAUUGGACAUUAUGCUGAAAAUGUCUCCACUUGGAUCUUUGCAAUUACUGCUGGUUUGUUCUUGUACGUGGCCCUGGUUGAUAUGGUUCCGGAAAUGCUUCAUAGUGAUGCUGGUAACCAUGACUACAGCCAUGGAGCUAGCUUCCUGCUUCAGAAUGCAGGAAUACUCCUGGGAUUUGGUAUCAUGUUGCUUAUUGCUGUGUUUGAACAUAAAAUCUUGUCAAUUGUGAAACUGUGAUAAAAUUGGUUGUAUCUUAAACCAGUUGGUAUUCAUAAUUACUAGAUUUAGAUUUAUUUAUUUGUUUAGUGUGGGUUAUUUUGCGAUGAUGAGUGUAAUAGAUUGGUACAUGGUGAUCUGCAAUAGAAGCCUCACAACAGCUCCGCCAAAUCCACCUCCCAGUUGCCCCCAUCUCCUCUCCAGGCCUAAACCUUUAUUUUGCACCCAACUCAUGACCUAACCUCCAGUUUUCCCUACAUCUUUGCAAGUUUUUGCUUAAGCGGGUAGCUUAAGUCUUAUCGCCACACUGAGACCAGCAUCUUGAAGGAAUGAGGGAAGUAGGAAUAUAAACUUGCAGCGCUGAAAGGGGGUGGGAAUAUCUUCUGACCUGCAGAAUUUCCCUGAAGUCGGUGGAAUGAAAUGUCAGGCCUUGCGCUCAGUGGAAAGCUGUAACUUUACCGCUUGGCACCUUGAGUAAGUGUAGUUUUCACCCACCCCACACCCAUCACCACAAUUAGUUGAUUUUGCACGUUCUGCAUUUGUAACUCGGCCUUUUGCCCUACGGCAGCUGUUGAUCUUUGGUUAAGUCACAUUGCUGUAUGUAAUCCACAUUUAAAAAUGAAGUAUUAAGUAUGAAUUCACUAAUGUGAGAGGUACAAACAGAAUUGGUUAAUGGCCACCUUAGAUAAUCAGUUGAGUGUGGACAUGGGUUUAGUGAUAACCAGGGAGGAAGCUGAAUGCCAAAUAAAUAGAAAGGUAGAAAUCCCCAAAAGCAUGGCAAAGGGAGAACCAAAAGCAAGUUACAGGAGCAAUUAUAUUUUCUAUGAAAUCCCACAGGAUAAUUCAGCUAGCUACCUUUUAUCAUCUACCAAUUUCAUUGCUGUUCACUUUCCAUGUGUUCCCAAGGUUUUAUUUCCUUGGUUACAACAGUGUGGGGGAGUUAAUUCAUUCCAAUAGUUGCUUUGAUACUUUCCUAUUGAGAAGCAGUUGACCAAAUCCUGCAGGCUUUGUGUUAAAAUUGUUGUUACAAGAUGCAUUGCAGCCUGUAUGUUACAUAGGAUUUCAAUCGACUAUAUAGAUGUGUUACAGCUGUUAAAAGAUGCAUUACAUGUGUAACGUAUAUGUGGGGUGGUAUUGUGCAUGUGUAAUUUAUGGGUGGUAGGCUGUUUUAUUCAAUAAAUACUGUUAUUUUUGUUUGAUAAUGCCCUAGAUUGUAGAUUUAGCUUUUGUGCCUAUUUAGUGUUGUGAACUGUUACAAAUGGGACUGGCUCUUCCAUACUGUUCUCCGCCUCGGGACACCCCAAAGCACUUUACAGCCAAUUAAGUACUUUUGAAGUAACCCAGCAAGAUCGCACAAAUAGUAAAGCGACAAUGACCAGCCUAAAUAAUGGUAUUAUUUACAGGUCUCUCCUGCAGAUGCUAAUUCAGCCAUUGUGCUACUGUUGGUUCAAAUGGACCCUACAAGUUGUAUCUACAUACGCUAUUGUGUAAAAUAUGUUCUGAAAUGCAAAGUCUACACCUGAAAGGCAAAGUAUAUUUGCAAUAAUUUUUAUGAUCUAUAUGCAACAUAAGUGUUCACACCCACUCUACAAUAAUGUAUUUUAUUUUGUAAUAAGUCAUUGUUCCUGACAAAAGGCAACCGAGCUAUUUAUGAAGAAAAAUUCAUGUAUUCCAUGACUUGAAAAUAAAAUGUUGAAGUAGCGCUUACUGGCGAGGACGGGAUGUGCUUUUACGAUGAGAUAUUGCUGUCGAAUUUCUCCUGUGAGCUUUCGAUCGAAAAAACUACAGUGAGAAAACAUUGAAGGUACAAAGGGUUGUUAAAUGUGUGUGUGCUUGAUAAGGUUGUAGUCCGUUGUAUUUGGCGAAUCUUGUAAUUUUUGAACUUUAAUAAAGUUAUUGAUUGCA